UAGCGACCCGGGGGCCAGCCGCGGGAGGAGCGAGAGAGCGAGCGAUGCGGUCGCCGCCGCUGCUUCCUGAUUGGCUGCUGGUGGCGUCGCGGACCCUCUGAUUGGCAGCCUACGAGCCGGAUCCAUGUUGUGCAAAGGCGUGAAACGUAAGCGAGAGGAGGAAGAGGAGGAAGAGUUGACCUCACAGGACUGGCGGCCAGAGGAGGCCACCCCCAGCCCAAGCCCUGAGGAGGGGGCUGGCCCAGCACCCCUGCCCCCCAGCUCUCUCUUCAGCCUAUCUAUAUUCAAACUCCACCAUGGCCUCCGGAGGGGCGAGCCAGAUCUCCGCCACCUUGUCCUGGUGGUCAACACCCUGAGGCGAAUUCAGUCCUCUAUGGCCCUGGAGCCCUCUGCCCCAGAACCCCCUUGUCCAGCUCCUGCUGACCCCUUUCCAGUGGUUCCUGAUGCCCCUUUGUGCACGUCUGUCUCAACCCUCCUGGAUGACCUGAGUCACAUUGAGGGCCUCAGCGACACCCAGACAGCCUUCCCUGAAGAUGCUCCCCUCAGCCGGCCCCCUGACCCAGGCCUGGAUCCUGGGCGGCCAUCCCCUCUGGGGUCCCUGGAGCUCCUCCUGGAGGAUGGACUGGAGGGUCUUUUUGAUGAUAUUGACACCUCCAUGUAUGACUGUGAACUCUGGCCCAACCUUAAAACAGACUCUGGGGAAACAGAGGACAAGAUACAGGGACCAGGGCUGGAUGUGUCUGAACUCGAUUACCUCAUGGAUGUGAUUGUGGGCACACAGACUUUGUAGGGGGACCAGGAAAUGGUUCCCUGCCUGCCCCCAAGAGGCCCAAAUGGACAAGGGGUCAUGGGGCUGCUGGGAGCUCCCCUCCAGCUACAGACUGUGAAAGGGGACCUGGAGUUGUGGAGAGGGAAGCGUGGACGGUUUUUAAGAUGAAAACAGUUAAUAUAUGAAGCAAUGUGUCUGUCCCUUGUCUGUCUCUCUUCCUCUUCCCCACCUGUGCGUAUUUAAAAUGAAUUAUCGACCCUUGUUAGUAA